CGGGUGUUAUUUCAGAGCUCGACUCGAAAUCCUUUCGCUCAAAACUCCGGUCCGGUAACUCGUCGACUCCCGAGUCGGCGGUUCAAAUCCUCCCCAGUCCGACGGCGCCGGCCGGAAGAGCCGAUGGGGGACGAGGAGGGGAAGCCGAAUCCCAUCAUGUCCUCCUCCUGUAGCUCCGAUCAAACCCUAGGAGCCCUCAAACCCCUCCGCUGCAUCGUUAAACUCGGUGGUGCUGCGAUCACCUGCAAGGACGAGCUGGAGAGCAUAAAUGAGGAGAAUCUUCGAUCGGUUUGUGCGCAGCUGAGGCAAGCCAUGACGCCUUCCAAGAGUCCCUCUCCAGCUAGAGUUUUAGGGAUGGAUUGGAGCAGACGGCUCGGAAAUCCGACUGUUUCGACCGUCGAUGAGUUCAGAGAGCAACAGGCAUUGGAUUUGGAUAGCAAUUUCAUUAUAGUCCACGGAGCAGGUUCUUUUGGACAUUUUCAAGCAAGCAGAUCUGGGGUCCAUAAGGGAGGACUGGAUUUGCCUCUUGUCAAGGCUGGUUUUGUGGCUACACGCAUUUCUGUGACAUCACUCAACCUUGAAAUUGUGAGAGGUCUUGCUAGAGAAGGGAUACCAUCGGUUGGAAUGUCACCAUUUGCCUGUGGAUGGUCUACUCGUCAAAGAAAUAUUGCUUCAGCUAAUGCUUCUCAGAUCAUUAAGGCUCUCGAAGCUGGGUUUGUCCCAAUUUUGCAUGGAGAUGCAGUGCUGGAUCACUUGCAGGAUUGCACCAUAUUGAGUGGAGAUGUGAUUAUACGUCAUCUUGCGCAGCUGUUGAUGCCCAAAUAUGUUGUAUUUCUUACAGAUGUUCUAGGAGUAUAUGACUGCCCACCGACAGAUCCAAAUGCCAUACUUCUCAGAGAGAUUGAGGUCACUGAGGAUGGAAGUUGGUCCAUUGUGAAGCCUAAGCUGCCACAUGCCAAAAAGGAAGUUGAGAUCACAGUAGCAGCUCAUGAUACAACUGGGGGAAUGGAGACCAAAAUAAAUGAAGCUGCAAUGAUAGCAAAACUUGGGAUUACUGUCUACAUAACAAAGGCUGGUACAGAUCACUCGCUGAGAGCACUUAAGGGGGAAAUACACAGCAGUCCGGAUGAUUGGCUUGGCACUGUUAUCCACUCUAGACUGAUUUCUUCAUCUAAAUGAUCGAGAAUUCAUGAAAACAAAGCUUGGAUUACAUAUUGGCCAAUCUAUUGCUCAUGCUCGCCAUCAAUAAGCCUACUACCACAUUUGCGGUACUCCGAAUGCUGUAGUUCUUCCUCGAAUAUUUUCAAACUUCAUACAAAUAUUUGUACAAACAGAAACUCCUGUAGCAGGGAGAAUAUUUAAGGAAAACUACUGCCUUGUUUGGCGAUCUUUCUAAAGAUUAACGUUAUGCAAUUUUUCCUCAUUACAACAUUAUAAUGAGUCGCUAGAAACUGAUCAACACGACAGAAGAUAAGCAAAGAUCACAUUCGCUUGCAUGCUGUCCUCCAGCACAUAUGACUGCCAAGAUCUGAAAUUACUUGACCAAUUGAAAUUGCAGCUCAUGUAUAACUAAGAAUAACUUGAUAUUUAGCACAUAUCAUUCAGCACCAAGAAUAAUUUCAUUAGGAAUCUGAUCACAAAGUUGUUUUUGCCAAAUUUCUGUGAAUAAAGUUCAGCAGCCUAAUCUUUGAUGAUGUUAUGUGACGCAGUCAGG